AGGACAGGCUUAAGGAGCUGUAUUGGGAGGAGGACGGGGGCGAGCAGGCCAAGGCCUGGCCCAGGGAGGGAACAUGGAGCCAGCUGGGUCCCUGCGGCGUGGGGGCGAACAAAGCUGGUGGGGUAGUGCUCCCCAGUACCAGUAUGUGCCCUUCGAACACUGCACCAGCUACGGACUGCCCUCUGAGAGCGGGGCCCUUCAGCACAGGCUCCGGAGGGAUGCAGGCCCCCGUGCCAACACCCGCCCCACACAGAUUUAUGGUCAUUACAAACAGCAAUUCUCAGACAAGGAGCAGGACACAGGGAUGCCCAAGAAGACGGGCUCCAGUGAGAGCGUGGACAGCAAGGAUGAGGAUCACUAUUCUAAAUGUCAAGGCUGUGUCCACCGCCUGGGACAUGUGAUGAGAAGAAAAUUAGGAGAAGACUGGAUCUUUCUGGUGCUCCUGGGACUGCUUAUGGCUCUGGUUAGCUGGAGCAUGGACUAUGUCAGUGCCAAAACCCUUCAGGCCUACAAGUGGAGCUAUUACCAGAUGCAGCCCAACCUGCCUCUGCAGUACCUGGUCUGGGUCACCUUCCCACUAACUCUCAUCCUCUUCAGUGCCCUCUUCUGCCACCUCAUCUCUCCCCAGGCUGUUGGCUCUGGAAUCCCUGAAAUGAAGACAAUACUCCGUGGGGUGAUCCUGAAGGAAUAUCUCACCCUCAAGGCCUUUGUGGCCAAGGUUGUGGCCUUGACUGCGGGGCUGGGCAGUGGCAUUCCUGUGGGGAAGGAGGGCCCUUUUGUCCACAUCGCCAGCAUCUGUGCUGCUGUCCUCAGCAGGUUUAUGUCGAUGUUCUGUGGAGUCUAUGAGCAGCCAUACUAUUACACUGACAUGCUGACCGUGGGCUGCGCGGUAGGAGUCGGCUGUUGCUUUGGGACGCCACUUGGAGGAGUGCUGUUCAGCAUUGAGGUCACCUCUACCUACUUUGCCGUGCGGAACUACUGGCGAGGAUUCUUUGCGGCCACGUUCAGCGCCUUUGUUUUCCGCGUACUGGCCGUGUGGAACAAGGAUGCAGUCACCAUCACUGCUCUCUUCAGAACCAAUUUCCGAAUGGAUUUCCCCUUUGAUCUGCAGGAGCUCCCAGCCUUCGCCAUCAUCGGGAUUUGCUGUGGCUUCCUGGGAGCUGUAUUUGUGUACCUGCAUCGCCAAGUCAUGCUUGGUGUCCGAAAGAACAAGGCCCUCAGCCAGUUUCUGGCGAAGCACCGCCUGCUGUAUCCCGGAAUAGUCACCUUCAUCAUUGCCUCAUUCACCUUUCCACCAGGAAUGGGUCAAUUCAUGGCUGGAGAGCUGAUGCCUCGUGAAGCCAUCAGUACCCUGUUUGACAACAACACGUGGGUAAAGCAUGUGGGUGACCCUGAAAGCCUGGGCCGGUCGGCCGUGUGGAUCCACCCACAGGUCAAUGUGGUCAUCAUCAUCUUCCUCUUCUUUAUCAUGAAGUUCUGGAUGUCCAUCGUGGCCACCACUAUGCCCAUACCCUGUGGAGGCUUCAUGCCUGUGUUCGUACUAGGAGCUGCAUUCGGAAGGCUGGUAGGAGAGAUCAUGGCUAUGCUAUUCCCUGAUGGUAUCUUAUUUGAUGAUAUCAUCUACAAGAUCCUACCCGGGGGCUAUGCAGUAAUUGGGGCAGCCGCGCUGACCGGUGCAGUAUCCCACACAGUCUCCACAGCUGUGAUUUGCUUCGAAUUAACGGGUCAGAUUGCCCACAUCUUACCCAUGAUGGUGGCGGUCAUCUUGGCCAACAUGGUGGCUCAGAGCCUUCAGCCCUCCCUCUAUGACAGCAUCAUCCAGGUCAAGAAGCUACCCUACUUGCCUGACCUUGGUUGGAACCAGCUCAGUAAAUUCACCAUCUUUGUUGAGGACAUCAUGGUACGUGAUGUGAAGUUUGUUUCAGCCACUUGCACUUACGGGGAAUUGCAAACCCUGCUCCAGACCACCACAGUCAAGACUUUACCACUGGUUGAUUCAAAAGAUUCAAUGAUCCUGCUGGGCUCCGUGGAGCGGUCAGAGCUGCAGGCCCUCCUACAGCGUCACCUGUGCCCCGAGCGGAGGCUGCAGGCAGCCCAGGACAUGGCCAGGAAGCUGUCCGAGCUGCCCUUUGACGGGAAAGCUCUGCUGGCUGGCAAGGGACACCAAGGCAUCUCCCUUGAGGGCCGGAGGGAGUCCUUUGCAUUUGUGGAUGAGGAUGAAGAUGAGGACCUCUCUGGGAAGCCGGAGCUGCCUCCUCUCCCUCCUCCUCAUCCCUUUCCUACUGCCCCGUUGUCCUCCGAAGGGUCCAAUGGGCCCCUGCCCAGCCACAAACAGCAGCCAGAAGCACCGGAACCUGCAGGUCAAAGACCCUCUGUCUUUCGGUCCCUGCUGCGCUGCUUACUGGGCAGACCUCGCCCCACAAAGAAGAAAACAAUCCAGGAGUCAACGGAUUUAGUGGACAACAUGUCUCCUGAAGAGAUUGAAGCCUGGGAGCAGGAGCAGCUGAGCCAGCCCGUCUGUUUUGACUCCUGCUGCAUUGACCAGUCCCCCUUCCAGCUGGUGGAGCAGACGUCCCUGCACAAGACACACACACUGUUCUCACUCCUUGGCCUCCACCUUGCUUACGUGACCAGCAUGGGGAAGCUCAGGGGCGUGUUGGCAUUGGAAGAGCUGCAGAAGGCCAUUGAGGGGCACACCAAGUCUGGGGUGCAGCUCCGCCCUCCCCUUGCCAGCUUCCGGAACACAACUUCCAUUCGGAAGAACCCUGGGGGCCCGCCCCCUCCCACAGAGGCCUGGAGCCUGCCUGAGGGUGGAACAGGGGCUUCUGGGGCAGAGGAUGGGACUCCCGCCUCCCCAGAGACCCCCGUACCCUCCCCCUCCCCAGAGCCCCCUCUGUCCGUGGCUCCAGACAAGGCAGAGGGCGAGCUGGAGGAGCUGGAGCUGGCGGGGAGCCCGGGGCUGGAGGAGCUGGCCGACAUCCUGCAGGGCCCCAGCCUGCGAUCCACUGACGAGGAGGAUGAGGACGAGCUGAUCCUGUGACCAUCUCCAGGACCUCCUCUUAAAGACUGCCCAGAGCCCCAGGCCAGUGUGCGUGUGGAGGGGUAUGUCCUGAAGCUGGAGAGCACACCAAUGUCCCGACCCCUCCUGGGAAUUUUAAAAGGUGAUAGUUUUAGUCUUAGAGGAGGGUUAAAAUGUGGGCAGAGAGAGUAGCCUCAGUCAGCUCUUUAGGCC